AUGUCUGUACCGAAAUAUUUUGUAAUUGAAAAUGGUGAUCGUAUUCCGCGAAUUGGAUUUGGGACUUGGCAAUGCCCAGAUACGGAACUUGAGAAGACAGUAGCAUUUGCUUUAGACGCAGGCUACAGGCACUUCGACUCCGCCCAGGCGUAUGAAAACGAAGCUGCUCUUGGUAGAGCUCUUAACCACUGGAUCGCUGGUGACGUCCAAAAACGAAAAGAACUCUUCGUGGUUACCAAGUUAGCUCCUUCUGGAAAUCCGCCUAAACUGAUAGACGAAUAUUUCGAAAAGUCUUUCAAAGCCUUGGGGCUGCAAUAUAUCGAUCUAUACCUGAUGCAUACUCCUUUUACUUUUGAACAUGUCCCUGGAGAUCUUCACCCUAAAAACCCUGAUGGAUCAAUGAAGGUUAAUCUUACAACAGAUAUUGUGAGCACUUGGAAAGCGAUGCAAAAACUAAAGCAAUCAGGACAGGUUCGACACUUGGGCGUGUCAAAUGUAAACGAAGAACAACUGAAGAGACUGUGUGAGGUUGCAAAGCCGGCUUGCCUGCAAAUAGAGGUUCAUUUGUUGUGCCAACAACGUGCUCUAAUCGACGCAUCCAAUCGAUUAGGAAUACCUGUUGUUGCCUAUUCUCCAUUGGGAUCCAAGGCUCUCGCUGAUAUGCUGGCUGCUAAGACUGGACGAGAGUACCCGAGCCUAUUGGAUUUGCCAGUAGUUCAAAGUAUUGCAGCAACACAUAACCGAACUCCUGCGCAGAUUUUACUUCGGUUCUUGCUGCAACACGGCGUAGGAGCUAUUCCCAAAAGUACGGAUCCCACCAGAAUUAAACAGAACAUAUCUGUAUGGGAUUUCGAGCUAAAUGAAACAGAAAUGAAGCAAUUGAACAGCUUGGACCGUGGCGAGGCGGGGCGUAUUUGCGACUUCACCUUUUUCCCAGGCAUUGAGAAACACCCUGAAUUCCCCUUCAAAAACUAG